AAAUGGGUAUAGUUUCAGAAGACUCAAGAAUUAUCAACAUUCGAGUUCGACAACGACUAACUAAUGUCGAAAUUCAAAAUUUGAAAUUAGCAAGUCACAUCGAUGAUAAUACUACCUUAAAAGAUGAUCUUUU